GGCGCUGGGCCUCAGCAGCAGCGGCGGCCGCAAGCCCUUCAGGAGCGGCAGGCGUCGCGGCGGCGCCCUCCGGAGGAGGCUGUCGGCCCAGGCGCGGCCCCCCGGCCAUGCUGAGGCGGCGGCCGCGGCUCGAGGAUCAUACAGAGCAUACUGAAUCAGCAAGACUGGCUGGUGGUGCAGCAAGCAUCAUGAGUAAGCACAGGGAAGUCUGUUCCUUAUCACGUGUGUAAGGGGAAAAAGGUUUAAAUAAGUCUCUUCAGGGUGUUUCCUCACCGAUGGAGAAUUACUUCCAAGCAGAAGCUUACAACCUGGACAAGGUAUUAGAUGAAUUUGAACAAAACGAAGAUGAAACAGUUUCUCCUAUUUUAUUGGAUACCAAGUGGAAUAAGAUUUUAGAUCCCCCUUCUCACCGACUGUCAUUUAACCCUGCUUUGGCCAGUGUGAAUGAACCUCCAGUUUCUAAUGAGUCACAACCACAACUAAAAGUCUUCUCUCUGGCUGAUUCAGCUUCUCUUACCGCAGAGGGAGAGGACCAUUGUGCUAAUGGACAGGACUAUAGUCUGAAUCCAGAGAUCAACACAAUGUGGAUUGAUGAAAAUGCCGUUACAGAAGAUCAGUUAAUUAAGAGGAACUGUAAUCGAGAUGAUCAAUGUAGUACUAUCCAAGUGGGAGAGAAGAAAUGUGGAAACGUAGCUUGUCUGCCAGAUGAGAAGAAUGUUCUUGUUGUAGCCGUCAUGCAUAACUGUGAUAAAAGGACAUUACAAAGCGAUUUGCAGGAUUGUAAUAAUUAUGACAGUCAGUCCCUUGUGGAUGCUUUUAGCUGUUCAUUGGAUAACGAAAACAGACAAACUGAUCAAUUUAAUUUUAGUGUUAAUGGGUCCACUGAAAAAGAUAUGAACUCAGAGAAACAAAUGGAUCUGUUGAACAGACCAAGUGCAGUGGGGGAUUCUGUUAAACAUAUGUGUACUACUUCAUCUGAUAAUCUAACCAGUGUCUGUUCCCCUUCACAAUUAAAGGAUGAUGAAACAACAGGUAGAGACCCAUCCAUGUCUGUGAUUACAAGUUUAACAAUUGAUUCAGUAAUCUCAUCCCAGGGAACAGAUGAAGGUCCUGCUGCUAAAAAGCAAGAGAACUAUAUUCCAGAUGAAGUUCUCACUGGCAAAACCGGCUCUGCUAGGACAGAUCUAGGGAGUCCAAACUCCUUUUCCCACUUGAGUGAGGGGAUUUUGAUGAAAAAAGAACCAGCAGAAGAGAGAACAACUGAAGACUCUGUCCGAUCUGGUCUAUCUUUGCUUCUCAAAACAGACAUGCCUAAUGGGUCUGGAAGGGAUAAUAACUGUGAACAGUUUUCAGAUUGUCUUGUGCCCGGUGACAUUAGAGCUGAUAAAAAGAAAGGUUGUGAACGUGCAGAAAUUCUUGGCACUUCAGAACUUCUUAAUAUGACAGAGCAUUUCUCUGACUCUCAGGAUAUGACUAAUUGGAAAUUGACUAAACUAAAUGAUAUGAAUGACAGCCAAAUAAAUAAAGAAAAUGAGAAGUUUCUGCCAAUGAAUCAGCCUGAGGACAUUUACAAUGAUAGUGGAGGAGAGUGUGAGAGAAUGGCAGAAGCAGAUCUAGACUUAAAAGGAACUUGCAUGAAUGAAAGUGAAGGAAGUGAUUUCUCCACUAUGGAUACACCAGCAGCAAAUUCUCUACCUAAUUGUGAUUCCUAUGGAAUGCAGAGCCCAGUUGUUUGUUUUGUUCCAAAGACCUUACCCUCCAAAGAAGAUUCAGUAACAGAAGAAAAGGAAAUAGAAGAGAGCAAGUCAGAAUGCUACUCAAAUAUUUAUGAACAGAGAGGAAAUGAAGCCACAGAAGGGAGUGGACUACUUUUAAACAGCACUGGUGACCUAAUGAAGAAAAAUUAUUUACACAGUUUCUGUAGCCAAGUUCCAUCCAUGCUUGGGCAGUCUUCACCCAAGAUAGUAGCAAAUCUGCAAUCUAUCAGUGUUCCUUUUGGUGGUGCAAGACCCAAGCAACCUUCUAAUCUUAAACUUCAAAUUCCAAAGCCAUUGUCUGACCAUUUGCAAAAUGACCUUCCUACAAAUCGUGGAAAUAAUAUUAAAAACAAAAAUGAUGUUCUUGGGAAAGCAAAAUUAGGGGAAAACUCAACAACCAAUGUAUGCAAUGCCUCUUUGGGAAACAUGUCGGUUGCUGAUACAAAUGGGGAACAUUUAGAAAACUACGAGUCUGGGAUAUCCAGUAGACCGUGCCUUGCAUUAGCUCCAGAAAGCCCAGAUAAUGAUCUCAGAGCUGGUCAAUUUGGAAUUUCUGCCAGAAAACCAUUUACUACUCUGGGUGAGGUGGCUCCAGUAUGGGUACCAGAUUCUCAGGCUCCAAACUGCAUGAAAUGUGAAGCCAGGUUCACAUUCACCAAAAGGAGGCAUCAUUGCAGAGCAUGUGGGAAGGUUUUCUGUGCUUCCUGCUGUAGCCUGAAAUGUAAACUGUUAUACAUGGAUAGAAAGGAGGCUAGAGUAUGUGUAAUCUGCCAUUCAGUGCUAAUGAAUGCUCAAGCCUGGGAGAACAUGAUGAGUGCCUCAAGCCAGAGCCCUAACCCUAACAAUCCUGCUGAAUACUGUUCUACUAUCCCUCCCUUGCAGCAAGCUCAGGCCUCAGGAGCCCUGAGCUCUCCACCUCCCACUGUGAUGGUACCUGUGGGAGUUUUAAAGCACCCUGGAGCAGAAGUGGCUCAGCCCAGAGAGCAGAGGCGAGUUUGGUUUGCUGAUGGGAUCCUGCCUAAUGGAGAAGUUGCUGAUGCAGCCAAAUUAACGGUGAAUGGAACUUCCUCUGCAGGAACCCUGGCUGUGUCACAUGACCCAGUUAAGCCAAUAACUACCAGUCCUCUACCAGCAGAGACGGAUGUUUCUCUGUUCUCUGGGAGUAUAACUCAGGUUGGAAGUCCUGUUGGCAGUGCAAUGAACCUAAUUCCUGAAGAUGGCCUUCCUCCCAUUCUCAUCUCCACCGGUGUAAAAGGAGACUAUGCUGUGGAAGAGAAGCCAUCACAGAUUUCAGUAAUGCAGCAAUUAGAGGAUGGUGGUCCUGACCCACUUGUAUUUGUUUUAAAUGCAAAUUUGUUGUCAAUGGUUAAAAUUGUAAAUUAUGUGAACAGGAAGUGCUGGUGUUUCACAACCAAGGGGAUGCAUGCAGUGGGUCAGUCCGAGAUAGUCAUCCUUCUGCAGUGUCUACCGGAUGAAAAAUGUUUGCCGAAGGAUAUCUUUAAUCAUUUUGUGCAGCUUUAUCGGGAUGCUCUGGCAGGAAAUGUUGUGGGCAACUUGGGACAUUCCUUCUUCAGUCAGAGUUUCCUUGGCAGUAAAGAACAUGGUGGAUUCUUAUAUGUGACAUCUACUUACCAGUCACUGCAAGACCUAGUACUCCCAACCCCACCUUAUUUGUUUGGGAUUCUCAUCCAGAAAUGGGAAACUCCUUGGGCUAAAGUGUUUCCCAUCCGACUAAUGUUGAGACUUGGAGCUGAAUAUCGACUUUAUCCAUGCCCACUCUUCAGUGUCAGAUUUCGGAAGCCAUUGUUUGGAGAGACAGGGCAUACCAUCAUGAAUCUUCUUGCAGAUUUCAGAAAUUACCAAUAUACAUUGCCAGUAGUUCAGGGUUUGAUAGUUGACAUGGAAGUUCGGAAAACCAGUAUCAAAAUUCCCAGCAACAGAUACAAUGAGAUGAUGAAAGCAAUGAACAAGUCCAAUGAGCAUGUCCUGGCAGGAGGGGCCUGCUUCAAUGAGAAGGCGGACUCUCAUCUUGUCUGUGUACAGAAUGAUGACGGAAACUAUCAGACCCAGGCUAUCAGUAUUCACAAUCAACCCAGAAAGGUGACUGGUGCCAGUUUCUUUGUGUUCAGCGGCGCUCUGAAAUCUUCUUCUGGAUAUCUUGCCAAGUCCAGUAUUGUGGAAGAUGGCGUUAUGGUCCAGAUCACAGCGGAGAACAUGGAUGCCCUGAGGCAGGCGCUGCGAGAGAUGAAGGACUUCACCAUCAGCUGUGGCAAGGCGGACGCGGAGGAUCCGCAGGAGCACAUCUACAUCCAGUGGGUGGAUGAUGACAAGAACGUCAACAAGGGUGUUGUAAGUCCCAUAGACGGGAAGUCCAUGGAGUCUAUAACAAGUGUGAAGAUAUUCCAUGGAUCAGAGUAUAAAGCAAAUGGAAAAGUCAUCAGAUGGACGGAGGUAUUUUUCCUAGAAAAUGACGACCAGCACAGUUGCCUGAGUGACCCUGCGGAUCAUAGCCGACUGACUGAGCAUGUGGCCAAGGCCUUUUGCCUCGCACUCUGUCCCCACCUCAAGCUCCUGAAGGAGGACGGAAUGACUAAACUAGGACUCCGUGUGACACUAGACUCCGACCAGGUUGGCUAUCAGGCCGGGAGUAACGGGCAGCCCCUGCCCUCGCAGUACACAAGCGACCUGGACAGCGCCCUGGUGCCGGUGAUCCACGGAGGGGCCUGCCAGCUGAGCGAGGGCCCCGUCGUCAUGGAGCUCAUCUUUUACAUUCUGGAAAACAUCGCGUAGAUGGAGAGGACCUCACUGGUUUUCUGUUCAGACCUGUUGCAACAGCAGUCAUACCCAAAUCAUUUGCACUUUAGAACUGGAAGAUUAAGCUUUUGUUAACACUAUUAAAUGGGGGGUGGGUGGGAGCGGGGCUUGGGGGGCAGGGGUGGGAGAGGGUGGCCGGGGGUCAGGUGUUCCGUAAUUCUGAGUCUUCUAUGCAUUGUCCACCGAGAAGAUCCAGGCAGCUUCUGUUACCGCACAAGUUACGCUAUCCUUGCCGCUAAUCCCCUUCCGUUACCGUUUAGACAAAAAUCCUGCUCCCCUCUCAAGAUUUCCAUAUGCUGUUGUGCUCAGAAAUGCUCAGAUGGGUACAACCAUCGCCAAGGACGGGGUUGGGAGGGCAGAGGGGAAAUAAAGAAGCAUUGGUCUUGCACUCUUUGUACAGAAUUGAUAUAAAACAGGAUACUCCCGCACUGAUUUUGUCCCUUAUAUCACAGUGACUCCAAGUGGAAUUCCCCCUCGGUGUUUUUGAGCAGCUCACUCGCCGCAGUGAACCAGAGCCCCAGGGGCCAUCUCCUGUGGCCAAGGUCCGAGGUAGGGCAGCUCAGUGUGCAGUCCCUCGAAGCAGAGCCACGUUCAGGAUCGCUCAGGCUCUGGGCCUUUCUGGGAAAGAAUACACACAAGACGCCUCUAGGUCUGUGCUGGACGCAUUUCAAGAAACACUGUAUUGAGAAGUAACGUGAACCUCCGGGAGAGCUGUAAAUACAAAACCUACAUGCGCUUUACCUAGACUCACCGCUUGUUCACAUACUAACAUUUUGCUUCAUUUGCUUUAGCUUUUUCUCUCUCCAUAAAAAAAAUUAAGGCAUUUGAGAGUAAGUUGCAUACAUCUUUGUCCUUUAUCCCUAAAUAAUGUUUAAAUCUUAAAAAUAAGGACAUUCUCCUUCAUAACUGCAACUUCAGUUUAACAUUAAUAGGAUCCUUGAAUCUGGCAUCUGUCCAGUCAUGUCCUUCAGAGCAUUUUUUCCUCCAAAGCUUCCAGCCUAGGAUCAGACUGAGCAAGUAGCUGUCCUGACUCACCUUUAUGUCCUCCGUAUUUUUGGUGAGUAUAGGUUUCUUCACCCCAUUUUUGAGUCGACAAUGCCUCAUUUUGUGUUUGAUGCUAAGUCUAUGCAUUCUUGGCACUUUAGCAGUUAGGCUUGGUCAUCUGUAAGCGGAAGCCCUUCCUUCUUUCCUAUCCAUGCACUUAAUUACUUUUCAUUGUUAACAUCACAUUGGAGUAGUUGUAAUUCUCUAUUUCGGGGCUCAGGUGCUCUCAGCUCUGGCCAGAGCGCCCCUUCAAGCCCACGCCCACAUCCUUGUGAUGCGCUCCUCCCAUUUUCCUCUCUGUCCGAAGGCCACCAUCCCAGUUCAUGGAGUAUCUACCCUGCCUGCGCUUUGGAAUGCGCCCCAGUGUCUUUUCUUGGGAGCGGUAGGAGAAGCCAAGAUCUAGGUGACCCUUGAUACACGUGAUAUGUGAUCAUGUUCUCUUUGCUAAAAACUUCUUUAGUCACGGAUCAAAUGGAUUUCACAACUCGGUUUGAAAAAUCCUGGUCUAGGGCAGCUCCCUUGCCGCUGCCAUCUACUUGCAGCCCGGCCAAGCAGGAGUCCGCCCUUUGCGUGAGCAGCACCGCUCCAAGAAUCCCCCAGAAGUUAACGCGGGCCCCUGGGGGUGAGCGCUGCCCCCCAGCGGCUAAAGUUGGCUUAGCGCCUGGCGUCUCGGGCCGCGGGCCCUAGCCUUGCGCGCUCGUCCGGGGGGCGGGGCCGCCGCAUUCUGCGCCCGUGGGCUUUGCGGCCGCAGCCGCGGGAGAUCUGUGGACGGGACCUUCCCGUGGACCCCAAGGUGCCCCCACAGCGCGCCGACUUGUCAGGACUGAGCUCUGGAACCACCCCCCACCGCAGCUGCCAGACGGGAGACACUUGGACGUGUGUCGCAGGCGCGCCACCCAGGCCGCCUCAGCCCCGGAACUUGAGAGCCGCCCAGGAGCUGGCGGGUUUCCCGCAGUCGAUCUUUCCUCGGCUCGGUACAUCUCGCAAACGCGGCUUCUGCGGGACCAGUGCAAGCCUGGGAGUCCUGCUGAGGACGCGCUCUCGCCCUGCAUAGUCGGGCCCUUUCCUCAACUGUAUGAAACACCUUUUGUUUAGUAAAGUCAUUUUGUGGAGCUGAGCAUAAAGUAACCAGGGCUGGUUUA